GAUAGCAUUUAUUAUGAGCUCCCCCUUUCAAAUUGUAAAGUAUUCCUACCUCCAACUAGAUUAUAAACACCUUAAAAUUAGACAGCAAAACAAAAUCCUUAUAUUCACCUUUAUAUCACCUUAUAUUCACCACUUUGAAUAUAGCAGGCACCAAAUAAGUAGGAACUAUCUAGGACUCAGGCUUGUCCCUGAAGGGGAAGGAGAGGAGGUGCCAUGGCUAUUGGUGGCCACUAGAGGCUCUCAGGGCUGGGCAAGGUAUGGGGGCUGUGUAUAUGUGAUCUCCCACUAUCCGCCGCCUGGCCAGAGCUAAAAUAAUAAAAUGCUGAGCUCACCAUUCCCCCACUCUCUGCUCCGGCACCAGUCUCCUGCUGCUGCCAGGACAGUGCUCCAGUAGAACACACAGACCAACCAACAGAAGGGGAGGUGAGAAGGGAGGUGGCAACCAGGACUGGUAGGUGGGGAAGCCAGGGGGCUUAUGGAUCAGAGCCUGGUGGGAGAUGGGAGGAGAAGAGUGGCUCCUACUGGGAAUAAUAUGGAGUGUGUUUCUGUCUCUGUCACUCAGUGUAUGUUUCUGCCACCAUCUGUCCUAUCCCUUAACCAUAUAGUUUAUAUUGUCAGUGUAAGUACCUCACACUUUCUGGAUCUGUCAUAUUCAGCAUGGUGUGUAUGUGUAGCUUAUGUGUAUUUUUCAUAUUGUAAAAAAAUGUGCAAAUUUAAUCCUUCCACUGUUUUUAGAGAAGCUUUAUCCCAUUUGGAAGGCAUUUAUUUCCCACCCAUUGGUCUGGUGUCACCUUCCCGUCCAAAGCCAGAGACAAAUUAUGGGGACUCAGUCCCUUCUCCUGAGGCCGUACCACCCAGCCCCCAACUUGAAAGUCCCCCAGCUCCUUUGAGCCCUUGCUUUCCCUUAGGAUUUAGAAUUUUAGCAAAGAAAGUGAAACCUUUUUUUUUUUUUUUUUUGAGGAAGAUCAGCCCUGAGCUAACAUCCAUGCCAGUCCUCCUUUGUGCUGAGGAAGACUGGCCCUGGGCUAACAUCCAUGCCCAUCUUCCCCCACUUUAUAUGGGACCCCCGCCACAGCAUGGCUUGACAAGCGGUGCAUCGGUGCACGCCCGGGAUCCAAACCCUGGGCCACCGCAGCAGACCUCGUGCACUUAACCGCUACGCCACUGGGCAGGCCCCCAAGAAAGUGAAACCUUGAUCCCCCACAAUAAAAGAGGAAAUGAGGGUAGGGUAAGAGAACUAUCUCCCCCCCCCCAAUCCUCUUUGCUUUCUUAAACCAGUUUAGGAAAAAGGCUGGAUUAUGGGGAAGAGAGGAGGAAUUUCCCUGAAGCUCUCUGCCCGCCCCCAUUCCUUUCAAUAGGAACUAGGCAUGGGGCCAGCUGUGUUGCCAGGGCCACUGGCAGCUGUGCUAGGGCAAGAGGUACCGACAGGCGAGGUUAUAGGAGAGGGUUGCUGCCAGGAUUUCUCUGUCAUACACACGGAAGCCAAAUCCAGCUUGAAUUCCUGGGGUCCCCAUCCAGAGUGGCUGAAGCUAGGGAAGCAGGAAGAAGGAGGCUCUGGUUCUGACUAAACAACCUAACCUUUCUCCAUCUUCCCAUGCCCACUAUGUUUCUAACCUGCAAGGCACCCACUUCAUUGUUCUGCCCCCUGGCUGGUCUCUCUGUGUCCCUACUGUGUCCAUGUACAUCUUUCCAUUGUCCAACUACUUUCCCCAUGUCCCCCAGGCUCCGUGAGUGCCACACAGUGGGGAGGGGGUGGGGGCCAUCAUGUCAUCAUAUCAGAAGGAAUUGGAGAAAUACAGAGACAUAGAUGAAGAUGAGAUCCUAAGGACCUUGAGCCCUGAGGAGCUAGAGCAGCUGGACUGCGAGCUACAGGAGAUGGACCCCGAGGUAGGGGCUCCAGCAGAGAAAACCAGGGGCAGUCCCCAGGCAUUUGGGAAGGGUGCGGGGCCCUGGGUGGCUGAGACCAGGGUGACCUACAGGGCCUGGAGUCCCAAGAGGGCCAGGGAAAAGGUAUCUGGAGAUGUUUUAGGGAGCCCUGGAGGUACCCCAGGUCAGAGGGGAGAUCUGACUUGCUCCCUAAAACUCAUCCCUAAGAACAUGCUCCUGCCAGCUGGACUAAGACAACGUGACCAGACAAAGAAGAGCCCAACAGGGCCACUGGACCGAGAGGCCCUUUUGCAGUACCUGGAGCAGCAGGCACUAGAGGUCAAAGAGCGUGAUGACUUGGUGCCCUUCACAGGCGAGAAGAAAGGGAAACCCUAUAUUCAGCCCAAGAGGGAAAUUCCAGUACAGGAGCAGAUCACUCUGGAGCCUGAGCUGGAAGAGGCACUGGCCCAUGCCACAGAUGCUGAAAUGUGUGAUAUUGCAGCAAUUCUUGGCAUGUACACACUGAUGAGCAACAAGCAAUACUAUGAUGCCAUCUGCAGCGGAGAAAUCUGUAAUACUGAAGGCAUUAGCAGUGUGGUGCAGCCGGACAAGUAUAAGCCAGUGCCAGAUGAGCCCCCAAAUCCCACAAACAUUGAGGAGAUACUAAAGAGUGUUCGAAGCAAUGACAAAGAGCUGGAGGAGGUGAACCUCAAUAAUAUACAGGACAUCCCGAUACCCAUGCUAACUGAGCUGUGUGAGGCAAUGAAGACAAAUACUCAUGUCCGGAGCUUCAGUCUGGUGGCCACAAGGAGUGGUGACCCCAUUGCCAAUGCGGUGGCUGACAUGUUGCGUGAGAAUCGUAGCCUCCAGAGCCUGAACAUUGAAUCCAACUUCAUUAGCCGCACAGGGCUCAUGGCUGUGCUGAAGGCAGUUCGGGAAAAUGCCACACUCGCUGAGCUCCGUGUAGACAACCAGCGCCAGUGGCCUGGUGAUGCAGUGGAGAUGGAGAUGGCCACCAUGCUUGAACAGUGCCCUUCCAUUGUCCGCUUUGGCUACCACUUUACACAGCAGGGGCCACGAGCUCGGGCAGCCCAGGCCAUGACCCGAAACAAUGAACUACGUCGCCAGCAAAAAAAGAGAUAACACUACCUUUCCCUUUACCAACUAGAGCUGGGAGCCCUGAAUGCUUAAAUCCUCAUCUAUCCCUCUUUCCUGUAAAUAAAGGCCCUUCUGUCCACUCUGCAUGCCUCUUGCCUUGGGCUUUGGGGUGAGAAUCUUGGCGCUAACCCCCAAGGGUUACUGCCAGUUCAUCAGGGGAUUAUUUAUACUCUGGGGAUCAGCAGGCAGGGAGGUUCAAGUUACUAGGAGGAGGUGGGGGACCUCCCUCCCUUGAUGUUUCCCAUAAUCCUGCCAAUGCCUUUAGUCUCUUCUACUUUCACAGGGUACCUAGCCUUGGCCCUGUUUCCAGAUGUGGCCAGGCCCCCCAGUGCCUAUGCACAACCCUCAUGUGGUUCGAAGGAGGAAAGGACUUUGAGUGGAAAUGGGGAAGAAGACAACAUGAAGGGCAAAGACUUCCUUCUGACAGACUUAUUAAUAGGGCACUAGGCUGCAUGCAGCUGACGCUUGGCAUGACUUUGCCAGAGGUGGGGGAGGGGUUAGAAGUAUGGGGAGCUGUGUGCAUUGCAGGGAAGGAUUGGCUGGGCUGAGAAUAAACAGAUUUGAAAUCCUGAAAUGGGACAAGGAACUAGACUCGAGGAAAGUUAGGCUCCCAGUGCCCACUGUAGUUUAUUUGAAUUGAAUGGGGAGAGGGGGGUGUCAG